AUGCGCUCGCGUAUUGAGCGUGUGGCCCGCGCGGAGCAGCGACAGCUUGCUGAGAAAGAGCUCAGCGCGCGCGUCGAUGAGCUUCUGCAGUCGUUAGCUUGCCACAUAGCAGUCUGUGCCCCACGGUGGGCUGCGCAGGUAAGUGCGAGUUCUCGAAAAGAGUCGACUGAUCGCGUUAGCGGUGCUGCGUCACUCGCCUGGGGAGGAUGGCACGACGCAGAGCUGACAGAUGUGUGCUCCACGAUGAUGGAGGUGCAGGAGCUAGUGGAUUUGAACAUUGUCCGGCCUCGUGACGCUGCAGCGGCUACUAUCAACAGUGUAGCUGACGGUGUGGGAAGCUCUUCAUCAGCCGCAACUGAGUCGAUCAGUGGCGCUUCGGCCGUACCGGAAUCUUCUGUCCGCUUUCACGCCGCGUUUGUGCACCAGAUCAUCACACGGCUCUUCGUCUCUGUCACGACGACCGCUCUAUCUUCCGUGGUGUCGCCUGGCCGCACACAUUGUGUACCUGGUGCAGCAGCCGCUGCGGGAGACGAUACAGCCAUCGUGCAAUGUAUUGCCCCGAGUGAUGUCUCAUCUCUUUUCCCUGUCCAGUCGAUGCUGCGCCUUCCCGCGAGCAUCUACAUCGGGUGGCGGUGUGGCUACAGUCUUCUCAGCUCGAUUGAAGGUAUACUUAGGGUGGCGGACGACGAUCGCGCGGCUGCCUGGCUUGACGUCACCUCCGCAACACUCCACAGCCUAUUGGAUGCUGCACAUGCUUGUGGCAGCGAUGCUUCCGCCGCAGCGGCACCCAAUGCGGCAGCCGCAUUCCACCACUUCACGGUGUGCGCAGAGACUCAAGCGCUCUUUAUGCACUGUAUGUGGUGGUGGUGCAGCCUGGUCUUUGAGCGCGGGUACUCGCAUGGCUUGCUGGCUGCCCCUUCAUCAGCACCGUCUCCUGAAAGUGCGGUGCACUCACAUGAGAGCAAGGUAGCGUCUUCUAGUAGUACCACAACCACGGCUGCUACUACGGCUGGUGGUUGUAGCAGCUCCAGCGGUGCCACGAUGCACACCUCGCUUUCCUAUAGAGAGGAAUACAGAGUGCUGUGGACCGUGGGCCGUGUCGAGGCGGCGGCGUACCUCAGCGCUACUGUUCUACCCACUGUGGCCGACUACCUCCAGGCUGCAUUGGAGCGCUUCGUGUUCUUUACAGCCACGUCGUCACCGCAGCUCUGGUCAAAGAAGUCUGCAGAGCUCACGGAGGCUGUGCAGGCCGUUCGCGGCCUCGCGGAUCGUCUCUUUCCAUCACCGGCAUCGGCCACCAGCGCUUUUCCUCCAGCACCAUCACCCUCUUCUCAUCGUCAGCUCUCUGCGGCCACUACCAGCUUUCUGCGUCACGCGGUGCAUGAUGCGCUGCUCCCAUUGGCGGAGCGCGUGUUAGACGACCAGGGGUUACUGCAAGGCCACAUCACGCCGACUGUGGAUGCGAUAUCCAUUGCAGCAGCAGUGAAGGCUCCGGCGACUGCACAGGGCGGCUGGAGCAGCAGUGGCGACGAGGAAUGGGAAGAGGUACCAGUGGCCGGUGGUGCAAAAGAUGCCCUCUUGAGCCCUGAGGCCUCCGCGCUGGCCAAGGCGCCACCGAACACCCUCAUCUACGCACUUGACGCCCUGGAGCGCGAGUUUGGUGAUGUGGUACGUGCUGACAGCGUCGCCAUGACGCUGCGGCGACUAUGA